AUGAAGCUCUCUUCUCUCUUCAAAACCUCAACAGAAAGUAGUUCAUCUUAUUCUCCAUAUUGGGCAUGGCCACUGCCAGCUUGUGGGAAACCUAAAACCGUCUCUUUUAGAGCAGAGGCAGAAGCAGAAGCAGAAGAAAACAUUUUCAAGACCCUAAACUCUACUUAUCAGGUUGAUCAUGAGUUCUUCAGUGAAUCUGAAAGAAGCUUUUCUAAUACUACUAUUGAUGCUUCAGACCUCUCUAUUGGUCAUCAAGAUUACAUAGAGACAAUUAUUAGAGGGCUGAGAUUAGAAAAAGAGAGACUAUUUUUUGAGCCAGAAAAGACAAGUUCCAUUAUUCUUGAAGAAGCCAACAAGAAUAUUAAUGAAGAUGAAGGUAAUUUGUACUUCAAGGAGAGUGUAGUAAUGGCAUUGGAUUCAAAGGACCCUUUUGUGGAUUUUAGAAAAUCAAUGGAAGAAAUGGUGGAAGCUCAUGGGAUUCAAGAUUGGGAGAAUCUUGAACAGCUUUUGACUUGUUACUUGAAGCUUAAUUGCAAAACUAACCAUGGUUAUAUUGUUGGUGCUUUUGUUGACUUAUUGGUUAAUAAUGCUUCUUCUUCUUCUUCUUGUGCAAUAAUGGCCACUGUUGUUGAGGAACACUGUUUAUCUUCAACAAUUACUAGCCAUUCUUUCACAUCUCCCUUGUCAUUUUGUUCUUCUACUUCAUCUACUACUAGUACUAGUGCUUGUUUGUCCUUGUUAUUAGAAGAAGCUGAGAUUAUUCAGCAAAAUGUUGAUACCACUGCUUCAUCCUCUCAUAUUUGA